GCGAUCCGUUACGGACUUGUUGCCAAGUGAUGUUUACCAACAUGGCGGAUUUAUGUUCGUAAAUCUUUCAGGAUAUUUUCACGUUUGAAUCAACAAGUUACAGACAUAACAAGUUGAAAUUAUCCAGAUUUUUUGAAGAGGGAAGAUGUCCUACGGACAGCCUCUGACUCGUCAGAGCCUUAAUGGCCAGAUGAGUGGCAGAGUUAAUGGAACUGCAGCAGUAAAUGGCCAGACUGGGGCCUCACUAGACACUCAAUUAAAUGGAGGUACAAAUGGACCUUUGGCUGGCCUCAAGGCUGUAGACCCAGAGCAACUGAAAGCCAGGUUGUAUUCAUAUGCCCCUCAGCAAGCUGCCAUCAAUCCAAGAGUGCUAAGAUUUAACAGAGUUACACAGACACAGACCAAAAAGGCAAACAUACCGACAGCUCCUAAACUAGAACCUGUUCCUAGUUUACAAAAGUACCAAGAAAGAAACCAACCCCAGUACAUACAGCGCAUGAACAAAGAGAGGAUAGAAGCUGAGAAAUUAGCUAAACUGGCAGCUGAAGAACCUCUCAAGAAGAAAAGAAAAAGUUCUGGUGCACCCCUUCCUCUAGAGAGGCCCGAGGGAAUGCCGCCUUCUCCUUUGCCUGACUUACCAGAUGAUUUGAAACAGAAACAAGAAGCCCUUGGACCUAGAGCUCCAACUCCACCCAAGCAGGCCAAGGCUAGCACACCUAGAGGCAGGGUGCAUGCUGCUGGACCAGUUAUUCCACCUUCAACAAAACCAAAAGUUUUGGAGACUUAUGAGGGAAUGAAUGACACAGGCAAGAUCACACAGCUUAUCAAAGAUCAUGAGAAGAUUGGGUUCCUCUAUCUCAGUCCGGCUGUACCGAAAUCUUCAGUGGAUUAUCACUAUUAUAACCUAAAGGUGGUUAACCAUGAGAAUAUUAACAAGACAGACUAUUGUACGAUCAGCCAGAAGGGAGUUACCCGUAUCCGUAGCGACGAUGAAACAGAAUUUGUAACACUAGACAGAUGGGAACAGGAGUAUGAAUACUUCAGAAAACUGAUCAAGAUACCCACAUUUGCCCUGUUCAGAAAAUGGAAAGCUUUCAGUGUAUGGCGAGGAAAUGUGAAGUCAAAGAAGAUUGCACAAUGCAAAAAGGCUCUCAAUGCAAAUCUGUUUAUCGUUAAUCCGUCCCUGAGACCAGCUUUGAUGAAUGUACGAGAGAUGUGUCACAGGAUCAGUGACAUGGGUCUGUGCAAGGUGGAGAAAGGACACACAUACUCUCUGAGAGAGUUUAAUGAGGCACAGUUCACACAGCUUAGCGAGGUAGCCGGACGCUUGAUGGAAUUCCGAGACUUGGUGAAGGAAGUGGUCAGGAGCGCAUGCCGUACCGCUCUCCUUGAGGCAGGAUUCACACCUGACGAUUACUUUUAUGAUGGAGGGGAAAGCCCAGGAGAUUUUGGUGCCCCUGGUACGGCCUCAAGCUAUCUUAUGCAGAGCAACUAUGAUAUGGACAUCUAUGGUGAGGCCCCUGAUAAAAUGACAUACACAGAGCAGGCCAACAAGAGAGAACAUUGUAAACGUCUCACAUGCUUCAUCCGAUUGGCUGAUUACUUGAUUGUGAACACAAUGCACGUGCUGGCAGUUAACUCUGUUUCCACACUGUUGAACUAUCUAACGGAACAGUUGCAGAACACGCCCAGUCUGGCUCAGAUCCAGGGUCUCGAGGAGGAGAACAAAGAUGAGAAAGCUGAAGAAGAAAAGAAAAAGGCAAAAGCUAAGGAGAAGGAGUCGGAAGAUUCCGAAGACAAACCCGAUAAUGUUGAAGAGGAGGAAGAUGAGGUACCGAUAUUACCUCCCUUGUACAUUUCGGAGUUUGUGUUGGAGCCAAACCAGCUUUUGUUCUCUCCAGACAUUGAAGAGUUUCAGGAAGGAAUUGCUGAGGUCAUCAAAAGAUUCCAAGAUGCAGUCCUCAGUGUGCAGAACCUGGUACCAGACACAUACUUUGAUGCAUUCACAAGGCCAAUCAUUAACAACAAAUUUGAAGACAAGUCUUGUGGUGAAGGUCCCAGUCUGGCAACCAUGUUUGAAGAUGACAAACAUCUGCAGACCAUUAUACACUCAAUCAGGGAAGCUCUUACUGCAGCAUUCAGAGCGGCCAGCCAGUACGCAGACACAUUUGAGCCUCACAGAGAGUUCUACAGGGAGAAUGAGAGUAUGGAUCUUGAGGCCAUCAAGGAUCAGGAUCAGGAUGUUGCCUGGUUCAGUGAGGCCCUUGAGAGAUACCACGGCCAACACAAGAUGGCAGAGGCAAUCAAAGAGAAGAGGUCUAUAGGAAUGUUGCUGGUGGAUGCCACAAAGAUGAAAUCUCUCCUCAUACCGUCACCACUGAGAUGUCUUAAUGCUGUGAAUGACAUGUUGCCUAAACUUGCGAGACGUGAGGUAGAUAGAUUGAUUGCUGAACUACAGGAUGCACAGUUCCGAUUGGAGAGCACACCAAGCACUACCAUAGAGUUUGUGAAGAGCCUGACAUUCCUUGAUGACAUUCAAGUCAGGAUUGAACCAUUGGAGAAGGAGUCUAUGGUUGUGAAGGACAUGUAUGAAUUGAUUGAUGUGUUCCAGGUGCCCACACCUCCCGAGGACUUCGCCGUCUAUCAGACACUAGGCCCAAGCAUCACAAAUGUAAGAAAUGCCAUUGACAAAUCGUUGGCGGAGAGAGAUGCCAAUAUAGACAAGUUCUGUACACACCUGGACAAGGAUAUAGUGGAACUUAGUAAGGAGGUGAAAGAGGUCAAACAGGAAGCGCAGAAUCCGAUUAUUCUGGAUGCUAAUGCCGAAAAGGAGAAGGUGCAAUCUGUACUGAAGAAGCUUCUCACUCAAAUGGAUGAUCUUCAGCAGCGAGCCUUCACUUACAAAUCGUACCAGAAAAAUUUCAAGGUUGAGGUGACAAAGUUUGACGCCCUGGAAGAAGCUCACGCUGAGCUUAAGCUCAAAGAACUGCUGUGGAAUGCUAUAGAUGAAUGGGAUGGUCUCCUUGCCGACUGGACACAGGUGAACUUUGAGACACUUGAUCCCGAGCAAAUGAGCUCAACAACAAUGAAAUAUGCCAAGUCAGUGAUGCAGCUGGAGAAAGGGCUGCCCCCUAAUGCUGUCGUACCUAAACUGAAAGAGAAGGUGGAACUGAUGAGAGAAAGGUUACCUGUUAUCACGGAUUUGAGAAAUCCAUGCCUAAAAACGCGUCAUUGGGAUGUGAUAGAGAACAUUUUAGAGUACAAAUUUACCCCUGAGGACCCCCUCACCCUGGGUAAACUGACUGAUAUAAAUGCAUUCAAACAUGCAGAAACGCUACAAGAGAUAUCUGGACAGGCCAGCUCUGAGGCCAGCUUGGAGAGCAUUCUGAAAAAGGUUGAGGAUGCCUGGAAGGUUACUGAGUUUGUUGUCCUUCCACACAAAGAUUCCAAGGACGUAUUUAUUCUUGGUGGAACUGAUGAAAUUCAGCAGUUGUUAGACGACAGUAACAUCAACGUUGCAACCAUCGCAAGUUCUCGACAUGUUGGUCCCAUCAAACCACGAGUAGAGGAAUGGACUCGGCAGUUAGAUUUGUUUGGGAAAACUUUGGAUGAAUGGUUGGACUGUCAGAGAGCAUGGCUAUAUUUGGAGAGUAUUUUCUCGGCACCAGACAUUCAGAGGCAGCUGCCAGCAGAAGCCAAGAUGUUUAUGCAGGUGGACAAAUCCUACAAGGAUAUCAUGAGGAAAGUGAACAAAGUGCCAUCUGCUAUCAGAGCUGGAACACAACCUGGUUUACUUGAGACUUUCCAGAACAACAAUGCCUUGCUUGACCAGAUCCAGAAAUGUCUAGAGGCAUACCUCGAAUCCAAGAGAGUUAUCUUCCCAAGAUUUUACUUCUUGUCCAACGAUGAGUUGCUUGAGAUUCUGGCACAGACCAGGAACCCCCUGGCUGUACAACCACAUCUUAGGAAAUGUUUUGAUGCCAUUGCUAAGCUUGAGUUCGGAAUACAAGCUUCUGAUGGAAAGUCUACUCCGGAAGGCGAACCUGAGGAGAUACAGUACACCAAUGACAUUCAGGCCAUGAUUUCACCAGAGAAUGAAAAAGUCAGUCUAGGAAAGGGACUGAAAGCCAGAGGCAAUGUUGAGGAAUGGUUGGGCAAAGUGGAAGAAGCUAUGUUCUCCAAUUUACGUAAACUGACAAAAUUUGCCAUCACAGACUUCGAGAGACGUCCACGUAAAGAAUGGGUUGUCUCCCAUUGUUCUCAGGUUGUAUUGACAGUAUCGCAGCUGAUCUGGUGUAGAGACGUCACAGAGAUCCUAGAGGGCGAGGAGUCUGACAGACUUGAGGGCAUGAAGGAUUUUGAACAGAAAAAUUUCAAGGAUUUGAACGAGUUGGCUGCAAUUGUACGUGGAGAGCUGCCCAAGUUGUCCCGUGCCAUUUUGUGUGCCCUGAUCACAAUAGAUGUACACGGACGUGACAUGAUAACCGGAAUGGUGAAAAGUCAGUGCGACUCCAUAGACAACUUUGAAUGGCAGAAACAGCUGCGAUAUUACUGGGACGUGGAACUAGACAACUGUGUAGUGAAGAUGUCCAACUCUAUGUAUAUUUACGGUUACGAAUAUCUCGGAGCAUCUCCUCGUCUUGUCAUCACUCCACUUACAGAUCGUUGCUACCUGUGCCUUAUGGGAGCUCUGCAGCUGGAUCUGGGUGGUGCGCCAGCUGGACCUGCUGGUACCGGAAAGACGGAGACCACCAAGGAUCUCGCCAAAUCCCUCGCCAAACAGUGUGUCGUCUUCAACUGCUCCGAUGGUCUGGAUUACAAGAUGAUGGGUCGAUUUUUCUCUGGUCUGGCUCAGUCAGGGGCUUGGUGCUGUUUUGAUGAGUUUAACAGAAUUGACAUUGAAGUUCUUUCCGUGAUUGCGCAACAGUUGAUCACCAUCAGAAAUGCGAAAGCAGCCAAGCUGCAGAGGUUUAUGUUUGAGGGGCGUGAGAUCAAGCUGAUUAUGAGUUGCGCAGCAUUUAUCACGAUGAAUCCUGGUUACGCCGGACGUACAGAACUCCCGGACAACCUGAAGGCUCUCUUCAGACCCAUUGCUAUGAUGGUACCAGAUUACACACUAAUUGCUGAGGUGAUCUUGUAUUCCGAGGGUUUUGAAUCAUCAAAGGGUCUCGCCCAGAAGAUGACGCAGAUGUACAAGUUAUGUAGUGAACAGUUGUCACAACAGGACCAUUAUGAUUUUGGCAUGCGAGCCGUGAAAUCUGUGCUCGUCAUGGCCGGAGCGUUGAAACGUCAGAACCCAGACAAGAAUGAGGAUGUGGUGCUGAUUAGAGCUCUCAGGGACAGUAACCUUCCCAAGUUCUUGGCGCAGGAUGCUAUACUCUUCCAGGCUAUUUUGUCUGAUCUGUUCCCUGGCGUGAUGAUCCCGGAACACGACUAUGGCCAGCUACAGGAGGAAAUAGAAAGUGUGAUCCUUGAGAGAAACUUGGUUGUCCUGCCUACUCAGGUCAAAAAGGUCAUACAGUUCUACGAGACACUGGAGGUCAGACACGGUGUCAUGUUGGUCGGACCAACAGGCGGUGGCAAAACUACCAUUUAUCAGGUUUUAGCCAAAACAUGUGAAAAUUUACAUGAGAAAGGUGUAAAGAAGGAGUUUUACCAGCCAGUUCAUACAUACGUAUUGAACCCAAAGGCUAUCACAAUGGAGGAACUGUACGGCGGUAUAAAUAAACUGACUCUAGAAUGGCACGACGGACUCAUGGGUCUGACAGUCAGACAUUGUGUACAGGACACCUCUACAGACCACCAGUGGGUUGUAUGUGAUGGACCAGUGGAUGCCCUGUGGAUUGAGAACAUGAACACAGUACUUGACGACAACAAGAUGUUGUGUCUAGCUAACUCGGAGAGAAUAAAAUUCACACCAUAUAUUCACAUGUUGUUUGAAGUACAGGACUUGGCGGUUGCAUCACCAGCAACAGUCAGCAGAUGUGGAAUGGUGUACGUGGAUGCAGAUGAACUCAAGUGGAUGCCUUAUGUACACAAGUGGAUGCACCAAUGGAGUGGAAGAUUGAAGGAGGAAGUGAAAACUUAUAUAAUGGAACUGUUUGAGAGAUAUGUGGAAGUUGGUCUCAGAUUUGUCAGCAAGAAGUGUACACAAGUUAUAAAUCAGGUGGACAUUGCCAAGGUGGAGACACUGUGCAAGCUGCUGGAGUCACUUCUAUUCUGCCGAGGAGGCCCCGACUUUAGCAUGGACCCAAAUAAACUGAACAUUCUCCUGUGUACAACAUUUGUAUUCUGCUAUGUAUGGUGUAUCGGUGGGAACAUUGUUGAAUCCAACUGGGAUGCUUUUGAUACAUUUGUGAGGAACACUUUUGAUGACAAUGGAGAUGCAAAGCUGCCAGCUGGUGGAGACUUGUGGAGCUGUUUUGUUGACUUUGAGACAAAGCGUAUGGACAUGUGGGAGAAAAUUGUUCCAUCCUUCAAAUACAACAAGGAAAUUCCAUUCUUUGAAAUGCUGGUUCCCACAGUAGAUACUGUGAGGUUUGGUUACCUGCUUGAGAAACUGCUGGCUGUUAGACAUCCAGUACUGUACACUGGUGGUACUGGUGUAGGAAAGUCUGUCAUUGCUAGAGGCUUGUUGAACAACGUUGCAGACAGGGCAAGCUAUGUACCAUACUUUAUCAACUUCUCAGCGCAGACAUCUAGCAAGCGUACCCAGGAAAUGAUAGAAAGUAAACUAGAGAAGAAAAGGAAAACUGUGCUAGGUGCACCUCGUGAUAAACGAGUUAUUUUCUUCAUUGAUGAUUUGAACAUGCCUAAGCUGGAUACAUACGGCUCUCAGCCUCCAAUAGAGCUACUCAGACAGUACCAAGACUUUGGUGGUUUCUAUGACAGAGAUGUUCUCUUCUGGAGGGAAAUACAGGAUGUAACCUUGGCAGCAGCAUGUGCGCCCCCUGGUGGCGGUAGAAACAACGUAACACCCAGAUUUAUCCGACAUUUUGCCAUGCUGACUAUACCUUCUCCUUCAGAACACAGUCUCAAGCACAUGUUCAUGCAAAUAUUGGCUGGAUUCUUGAUGGACUUUCCAACAUCUGUACGACAAUGUACAGAGCCAAUUGUAGCUGCAGCAGUUGAGAUCUAUGGUCGUAUGAGUACAGAUCUCUUGCCGACACCCGCUAAAUCUCACUAUGUCUUCAACCUGAGAGAUUUGUCUAAGUGUAUUCAAGGUAUACUGCAAGCUGAUACCGGAGUUAUCCGUGAUAAUAAACAGAUGUUCAGGUUGUUCUGCCAUGAGUCCAUGCGUGUGUUCCAUGAUCGUCUAAUUAAUAAAGAAGACAAAGGUUUCUUCUAUAACAUCUUGUCAGAGAUGGCAGGAAAACAUUUCUCUGAGGAUAUUGCUCCAGAUUCCUUUGUUACAAACCCUAUCCUGUUUGGUGACUUUAUCAAGAUGGGAACGGAACGAGCGGACCGUCUGUAUGAGGAGUUUGCUGACCAUAAAAAACUAGCAAAUGUUCUUCAGGAUUACCUAGAUGACUACAAUAUGCAGUCGUCAAAGGAAAUGAAGCUUGUGUUUUUCUUGGACGCCAUGGAGCACGUGUCACGUAUAGCGCGUAUGAUCAGACAAGAUCGUGGUAAUGCUCUCCUUGUUGGUGUUGGCGGUACUGGAAAACAGUCGCUUACAAGACUGAGUGCCCAUAUUUGCGGCUACAAAUGUUUCCAGAUAGAAUUGAGCAGAGGUUAUGACUAUGCUGCAUUCCACGAUGAUAUCAAGAAACUUUAUGACAUGGCGGGAGUGAAAAAUGAACACACGGUCUUCUUAUUUACAGAUACACAGAUUGUGGUAGAGGAAUUCCUCGAGGAUAUUAACAAUGUUCUGAACUCCGGUGAAGUACCGAACUUGUUUGAACCAGAUGAGUAUGAACAACUUAUCAUUGGUUGCCGAGGAGCUGCCAAGGAAGUUGGUAUUGCCGAGGGCAACAGAGAUGCUAUCUAUGAUUUCUGUAUUAAUCGUGUCAGAAACAACUUGCAUAUAGUGUUAUGUAUGUCACCCGUUGGAAAUGCAUUUCGUACUCGAUGCCGUAUGUUCCCAUCUCUUGUCAACUGCUGUACCAUUGACUGGUUUACGGAAUGGCCACGUGAGGCUCUGCUGGGUGUGUCUAAAUCAUUCUUCGAAAGUGUAGAACUUGGUUCAGAUGAGCUAAAGCAAAGUAUAGCAGAGAUGUGUGUGGAGAUACAUGUUAGUGUAACAGAUAUGGCUGAUCGGUUUUUUAAUGAACUGAAGAGAAAGUAUUACACCACACCCACAAGUUACCUUGAAUUGAUUAAUCUCUAUUUGUCUAUGCUGACAGAGAAGACUAAGCAGUUGAAGAAUGCAAAGGAUCGUGUGCACAAUGGUCUUAUCAAACUGCUGGAGACUAAUGAACUUGUCGACAAAAUGAAGAAAGAGUUAGUUGCCCUUGAACCAGAACUGAAGAAGAGGUCAGAGGACACCAAUAAUUUAAUGGAACGUCUUGUGGUAGAUCAGGAAAAGGCUGAUGCGGUGCGUAAAGUUGUCAUGGAAGACGAAGCGACUGCCAAGGGGAAAGCAGAAGAGACUCAGUCCAUUGCGGACGAUGCCCAGCGUGACCUUGACGAGGCACUUCCUGUACUGGAAGCAGCUAUCAAAGCUCUUGAUGCCCUGGAUAAAAGUGAUAUCUCUGAGAUCAAGGUAUUCAGCAAACCACCGGAAAUGGUACAGACUGUCAUGGAAUCUGUGUGCAUACUUCUUGGACAGAAGACUGAUUGGGCUUCGGCAAAGUCUAUGCUGGGUGAUGCCAACUUCCUGAAAAAACUGUAUGAGUAUGACAAAGAUAACAUUGGAGAAGCUAUAUUGAAAAAACUCAAAAAAUACAUUGACAAUCCAAAAUUCAUCCCAGAAGAAGUUGCUAAAGUUUCAAAGGCAUGCAGAUCUAUGUGCAUGUGGGUGAGAGCUAUGGACACUUAUGCUCAUGUCUACAGAACUGUCGAGCCAAAACGUCAAAAACUAGCUACAGCCCAGGCUGAACUGGACGCUGUCAUGUCAAUGUUGAGAGAGAAGCAGGCCAAGUUGGCAGAGGUAGAAGCUAAGAUAGCCGAGUUACAAAAGACAUACGAUGACAGUAUGGCAGAAAAACAGAAGUUGGAAAGAAACAUCUCAACCACUGCUGCUCGAUUGAAGAGAGCGGCCAAACUGACAACUGCCCUUGGCGACGAACAAGUCAGAUGGGGUGAAACUGUUGAUAAAUUCAAUAUUGAGAUUGGCAACGUGACGGGUGACGUAUUUGUAGCAGCUGCGUGUGUUGCAUACUAUGGUGCAUUUACGAGUGUUUAUCGACAUGAACUUGUUGAAGACUGGGUGCAACGAUGCAAGGAGCUCAACAUUCCAGUCACACAAGGAAUGACAAUUACCAGUGUGUUAGCAGAUAAUUACGAGAUUAGGCAAUGGAAUACAGAUGGUCUGCCAAAAGAUCAGGUCUCAACAGAAAACGCUAUUCUUGUGACCAGAGGGCGACGUUGGCCACUCAUGAUUGACCCUCAAGAACAGGCAAACAGAUGGAUCAGAAAUAUGGAGAAUAAGAAUGGUUUGAAGAUUAUCAAGUUAACAGAUGGUAACUUCUUACGUACACUGGAAAAUUGUAUCCGCAUUGGAAUGCCAGUACUUUGUGAAGAUUUGGGUGAAUUCCUUGAUCCUGCUUUGGAACCAGUCUUGUUAAAACAAACAUUUAUGCAGGGAGGUAGGUUGCUGAUCCGCCUUGGUGACAGUGAUAUAGAUUAUGACAAGAACUUUAAAUUCUACAUGACAACCAAGAUGUCAAAUCCACACUAUCUACCAGAAGUAUGUAUCAAGGUGACAAUUAUCAACUUCACUGUCACAAAAUCUGGCCUGGAGGACCAGUUACUGAGUGAGGUUGUGAGCUUGGAACGUCCAGACCUUGAGGAGCAGAGGAACCAGUUGAUUACAAAGAUUAACGCAGACAAGAACCAGCUGAAGGCUAUAGAGGACAGAAUUCUCAAGCUUCUGUUUGAGUCGGAAGGGAACAUCUUGGACAAUGAGGAGCUUAUUAACACUUUGAAUGAUUCUAAGGUAACAUCUGGUGUGAUCAAGCAGAGAUUGGCUGAAGCUGAACAGACAGAGGAGAAGAUCAGUCUUGCUCGUGAAAAGUAUCGUGUUGUAGCUACCCGCGGAUCUGUCAUGUACUUUGUCGUUGCAGACAUGGGAGGAGUGGAUCCAAUGUACCAGUUCUCAUUGAAGUACUUUAAAGCUCUGUUCAACCUGACGAUAGAGAACAGUGAGAAAUCAGCUGACCUGGAGAAGAGACUUGAAAUCUGUCUGCGUGAAACCACUCUCUCUAUAUACCAGAAUGUGGCUAGAGGUUUGUUUGAGAAGGAUAAGAUCGUAUUCUCAUUCAUGUUGUGUGUUGAGAUCAUGAGAAAUGCUGAAGAAAUCUCCGUAGCUGAAUGGAACUUCUUCCUGCGUGGUGCUGCUGGUCUUGACAAACAACGACCACCAAAACCAAGUGUUAACUGGAUCAGUCGACAAGUGUGGAACUCAGCCUGUGACAUAAGUGAUGCUAUUCCAGCAUUCCGUGGAAUAUACAAUGACUUAACUAAAACACCUUGCUGGAUUAAACUUGGAGAAAACGUGAUAUAUGCAAACCCAGAAACUGAUGAGGGUUAUGGACCAGAGCCAGAUGCCCCACAAGAAGGAGAGGAUAUGGAUUUGGUAGAUGAUGGUACUGUGAAAGGUCACUGGGACAAGAGACUGACCAGCUUCCAGAAACUUAUGUUUAUCAAGAUCUUCAAGGAAGAGAAAACUAUCUUUGGAACAACAGACUUUGUGAGAGAGAACUUAGGGGACCAGUUUGUAGAAAGUCCUAAUGUAGCUCUACAGACUCUGUAUAACGAUAUGACCAAAGUUUCCCCAUUGGUGUUUGUACUGAGUACAGGAUCUGAUCCUAUGGGAGCUUUCCUCAGAUUUGCUCGAGAGAGGGGAUAUACUGACAAGGUCCAGUCAAUAUCACUGGGUCAAGGUCAAGGACCAGUGGCAGAGAAAAUGAUCAAGAGUGCUAUAGUGAGUGGAGACUGGAUUUUCCUACAGAAUUGUCAUUUGGCGGCAUCUUGGAUGUUGUCAAUGGAAGAACUAGUAAAGAGUAUAUCAGAAAAACCAGACCAAAUCCACGAUGAAUACAGACUGUUCCUGAGCUCCAUGCCAAGUACAAAGUUCCCUGUCAGUGUUCUACAGAACAGUGUGAAGGUCACAAAUGAACCACCAAAGGGACUAAAGGCAAAUACAAGGAGAGCAUUUGCAGAGAUAACUCCUAACUUCUUUGAGGACCACGUGCUUGGAUCUGAUUGGAGAAGAAUUAUAUUUGGAGUCUGUUUCUUCCAUGCUAUUAUACAGGAAAGAAAGAAGUUUGGUCCUCUUGGUUGGAAUAUUAAGUAUGAGUUCAAUGACAGUGAUCGAGAAUGUGCUCUCCUCAACCUGCAAAUCUUUUGCCAGGAAGGUGUUAUACCAUGGGAUGCUCUUGUUUACAUUACCGGAGAGAUCACUUAUGGUGGUCGUGUGACAGACUAUCAGGAUCAGAGAUGUUUGAGAACCAUUCUUAAAAUCUUCUUUAAUCCAAAAACGCUUGCACCAGACUACAAAUAUUCCACUUCUGGUAUUUACUAUGCCCCAGAUUCUUCUACACUAGAAGACUACAGACAGUACAUUGAAGGUCUGCCUCUCAUUGAUGAGCCAGAGAUAUUUGGCAUGCACGAAAAUGCUAACAUUGCUUUCCAGACACAAGAAACACAAAACCUGGUUAACACUAUUGUUGAUGUUCAACCUCGAAUGUCCAGCGGAGGGACGGGCAAGUCUAACGAUGAGAUAGUAUAUGAACUAGCAGACACAAUUCUUGGAAAACUUAUGGAUAAACUGGACAUUGAAUUAGCCAAUCAAGAGAUGUUUGAACCAGAUGAAAAAGGUCGCCUUAAUUCUUUGACCACUGUGCUCACACAGGAGGUGGAAAGAUUUAAUAAACUGCUCAAAGUCAUCAAGAAUUCAUUAGACAACCUAAAGAAGGCUAUUAAGGGCUACGUGGUGAUGAGUGAACAAUUGGAUGCUGUGUACAACAGUUUUAUCAAUAGCCAUGUGCCAACAAUGUGGGCAAAUGCGGCCUAUCCCUCACUGAAGCCCCUUGGAAGUUGGGUACAAGAUCUUGUAUAUCGUUGUGCAUUUAUUGACAACUGGAUUCAGCAUGGACUUCCAAAGUCUUUCUGGCUGUCAGGGUUUUUCUUCCCACAAGGUUUCUUGACUGGUACCCUACAGAACUAUGCCAGAAAAUACAACCUUCCAAUCGAUCACCUGAGUUUCAAGUAUCAUGUAUAUCCAGUUAUUCGUGACCAGAAGGAGGUAUACAAACAGAUGGCAGAUCUCAAAUUCGGGGAAGAAAUGGAGAUGGAUAAAGAAAUGACUGUACCGGAAGAUGGAGUGCUAGUCCAUGGAUUAUUUAUGGAUGCCAGUGCUUGGGACAUGGAAACUAUGAAAAUUGUUGAUGCGUUACCAGGAGAAAUGAGUGCUGAGCUUCCCAUGUUACACAUGGAACCAGACAUGGACCUUGAACCAGAUCCGGCCGAUUAUAAGGCACCGUUGUAUAAAACAUCUGCACGUGCUGGAACAUUAUCAACAACAGGUCAUUCUACGAAUUAUGUUGUGGCAGUGUAUCUACCAUCUAGUUUACCACAGGAUUAUUGGAUUGCAAAGGGAGCUGCACUGCUGUGUCAACUCAAUGAAUAAAACAAACUACCUAAACUUCUUUUUCAUUUUGAUGUGUACGAUUUUGCAGAUGUGACCAUAAAAUUAACAUUAAACAGAAAUUCAAAAAUAUGUCGUGUUAUACUGAAGGAGUUUUUAUUCACUUCUGUGAUGUUUUAACAAUUGAACCAGUCUACAAGUGGAGUGUUUAGAGGACAAACAAGUGAAAUCAGACUGUAGCUUUUGUAUUUUUUGACUUUUUUUGAGGAUCUGUAAAAAAGACUGCUUUCAAAGAAAAAUAUCACAUAUAUUUCAGCCACAGUUUGCACAUUUUAUGUUUGCUAAAUGUGGAUGUACAAGAGUAACAGUUGUAAAUAUUUUGACAAUUCUUGCUUUCGGUAUUGCUGUGAUAAGUAAUUCUGUUGGAACAAAGAAUAUAAAACACCUACCCCGGUAUGUGAUAUUUCUUACAUUAAUAAAAUACCUUGAACUGACUGUGAUAAGCAUGGAUCUUUCAAUUGUAAUUUUUGAAAGACCAUUGAUAAGUGUAUAUAUUUAUUGUUGAAAAUCUUAUAUUUUGUUGUUUUAUCUUAUUUGUUCGUAAGUUAUUGAAUACAGUAACUAAAUUUAUAUAAUUUGAAGUGUACAGUAUUUAAGAUGUCAAAUCAUAUUUAAAUAUUUUACAAUUUUUAUGCAUAAACGUAUUAAAGUAUUAUUAAUUGCUGGUUAUUACCUACAUAAUAGAAAUAUUAACAUCACCUUUAACCGUUAUUUUUUAAAAGUAUUUAUUAUUUACGUGAUAAUAAAUUUCCUUUAUGGUAUUUUCAUAAUUUAUAUUUUUCCGUCCGUUUUUCAGUAUUUUGGCGUAUCAAUAUUUUUAUGAAUUAAGUUAUUGAAGAGACUUGUGACUCAUAAGUACUACAGCUUGUAUUUGUAAUUCCUUGAGACAUGAUUUACUCAUAAGCAAACAUAGAGGUUUUAUCAUGUUCCCAACAAUGUGUUUGCCUUUUGAAUAACUUUGUUUAAGUUCGUCACACGAGAAAUAAAGGUGAUUUGCAGAACUUCGUUACUAAAUUUUAUGCCGUCCAGUGUUUUUUGAUAUGUAAAUGUGAUAUUUUCAAUAUCUUAUUUCUAAAAGAAAUUUGCACAGCUAUCAUUCCGUCCAGAUUAUGUGAUUAUGUAUAGUAGUGAGAGUAGACAAAGAUACAUUCUUUUAGGUAUUAAACAAUGACAAAUAUAAUAUCCAGAUUUACAUGCAAUUAUUAUCCGUAUUGUUUUUUGAUGUAAAACCAUUUUCACAUUUUUGUGAUUAAUAAAAAAUCGUUUUAAAAAUAA